AUGCUUCGACAAUUUCUGUUACUUCUAGUUGUUGGUCUCGUCUUCCCCGUAUCUGCAAAUCUUAAAGGAAGGGUUGAUGAAGCCACGAUAAUCCAUGAAUCAGGAGAACAAGCUGGGCAUAGUUCGGCGGCUCGGCCGGAACUUCAAGCGGCCCGCUCCGGUGGGUCUACCAGCUCGGGCGAUCGUCCCGUGGCCGGUUCCCAGCGGCCGCUUGCUCCUCCUCAAGCAUCCAAAAUACAAUCUGGAAUUUUUACCAGUCAGACUCAAAUGAUGACUGCCGACAAGCGCCAGACCGAUGGAGCUUACAAUAUUCCGGUUAGGCACUUGACCCACGUACCAGCCCCUCCACAGCGGGUUGUGUAUCACGCACGUGCAGCGGCCUCGGCAACCCCAGCUGGUUACCAGGAAAGCCCUCCUGGUACUUCCUCCGCUCUCCUCCCUGCCAGCUACCAGCUAGGCUCUGUCCUGUCCGCCAGCCACUCACAAGCUUUUCCUGGAAGCUCAGCCGGUCAAGAAACAGCUGUCCCCCGAUUCCAGCAGGAGAUUGCAGGUCCUCCAGCGACCUCUAUCCAAAGCAGCCCAAUCACAUCUUCUCAUGUUGGGACUCCCACCCAAACUGUCAAUAUUGCCCAACCUGUUGACCGUGGUCAAAUCAAUGAUCCCCCAACUCCACCUUCACUCAAUACCAAUCCAGUUGCUGACCUGCCUGCAAACUCACCAUCACAGCCAGGCAAGUGA